AGCAGACAAGGUUUUCUGUGGGGGCGCGGGCCGGAAGCAGCCAUCUUACACCAGCUGAGGGCCGAGCGAGCCUCCUCCCUCCGUGCCCUUCCUCCCUCCACUCACUGGUAUCAUGGCUCGGUAGUGGCCCUCGUGACACUCCCGCGGGGCAUGAAAGUGCACGAGGUUACAGACAAGUGGACGUGAAACUGACGCAGAGUCCGUGAGUGCCCCGACAAGGCCCUGUCCCGAGUGCUCCUGCUAGCCAUGGGUCCUGUCAAUCUAUAGACGGGUGUUUCCUCUCCUUCCCGCCGCCUGUUGGAGUCUCAGCAGGGUCCACAAGCUGGCCAAGAUGAAGAAGCUGUUCUGGAAGGAUCAGUCGAACAAGGAUCAAAGUCAUGGGAGCUUCCUCGGCAAGGUGUUUGUGGUGGGGCGACACACGGUCACGGUGGAGGAAGUCAUCGCCGAAGGAGGGUUUGCCUUGGUGUUCCUGGUGAAGGGCAGUGGUGGGGUGCGGUAUGCCCUCAAGAGGCUCUCCGUCAACAACGAACAAGAUCUGGAGGUGGCACGCAAUGAGAUAAACAUCGCUAAAAUGUUGAACGGGCCGAGGACUUUGGUGGGGUAUGUGGACUCAGGGGUGACUCACAUAGGCGGGGGGGUGUAUGAGGUGCUCCUGCUCAUGGCGUACUGCAAGAAACACCUUUUGCACUUCAUGAAUGACAGAUUCAGUUCUGGUCUAAAUGAAGCAGAGGUCCUCAAGAUUUUCUGUGAUGUCUGUGAUGCAGUGUCCAGGCUCCACCACGUCAACCCACCAAUCAUCCACAGGGACCUCAAGGUGGAGAACAUUCUAAUAAGUAGUGAUGGCAGCUACGUUCUCUGUGACUUCGGGUCUGCCACUGCGCGGGUGCUGUGCGGGGCCACGGAUGGGGUGUCCCGGGUGGAGGAGGAGGUGCAGCGGUACACCACACUGGCCUACCGUGCCCCUGAGAUGGUGGACCUGUACCUGGGCCGCCCCAUCACCACUAAGUCUGAUAUAUGGGCGCUGGGGUGCAUGCUGUACAAGCUGUGUUUCUUCACCUUACCCUUUGCCGAGAGUCCUCUGGCCAUCUCCUCGGGGAACUUCUCUAUUCCAGACAAUGCAAGAUUUUCCAAACACUUGUUAGCACUCAUACGUUAUAUGCUUGACCCUGACCCAGAUACGCGGCCAGACAUCUACCAGGUGGCUUGUCUGACCUUUAAGCUGGCCGGGAGGGACUGCCCAGUUAGGAAUGUUAAUAGUGUGACGGUGCCCUCCCUGGACCAACUGUGCCAGCUGGUGACGGAGAGGGAGCAGCAGUCCUCCAUCAAGCUGAACCGCGUCACCACCGGCCCCGUGAUAGAGGGCACCUCUGUGGCCCCCCGCCAGCGGCCCAAGGCGUCCCAGCACCCUGCGGCGCUCUCUGCUGCGGGGGGCGCACUGCCACUGGGCUUGCCCCUCCACUCCUCCCAAGCACUGAAGAGGAAUAUUGCUGCUGCAAAUGAUGGUGGUGCUCAGCAGCCACAGCAACAGCAGUCACAGCCACAGCAGCAACAGCAGCAGCAACAACAACAACAACAACAGCAGCAGCAGCAGCAGCAGCAGCAGCAGCAGCAGCAGCAGCAGCAGCAGCAACCACAGCAGCAGCAGCAGCCACAGCAGCAACAGCAGCAGCAGCAGCAACAGCAGCAGCAGCAACAGCAGCAGCAGCAGCAUAGUCAAGUAGCAGGCCAGCAGUCAGCUGCUGUGGAGUUGAGUCCCACCACAGCUUUCCCUCCAGCUGCAUUAUUUGGUUCCGAGAGUUUCCCUCAGCAGUCAUUCCCUCCUAGUCAGUUUGGGUCCUCGGCAGGCAGCGGCGCUCCGGCAGCGGGCCUGGGCGGCUCCCACCCUCCCGGCCUGGGCGCACAGCCACCCUCAGGAUCACUAGAAGCCUUUUUCCCACCCUCAGGCUACCCAGACCCUUUCCGAGAAGGUGGCGUUGAGACACAGGCUCACUCAGGCAGCACAGAGGGGCUCUUCCUGCCACCCACUACCACCACCGCCACCACCACCACCUCGGGCAGUGGACCCCAGAGCCUCUCGCUGAGUCAGGGAUCCAUUGGGGCCAACGCGGGGACGGGCGUGGGGGUGGGCCUGACAGCACCAGUGCCGGGCAGUGCAGGGGCUGUGGCAGGACUGGUGAAGUAUGAAAGUGACACCUCUGCCCUAAGCCUGCAGCAGCACCACCACCACCUGCAGGCCCCCAGCUCCCCUACCCAGGCGCACCACCCCAGGGCUCAUCGGAGAAACGUCUCGGACUCCUCUGCUUUUAACAAGAUCUUUGCCAAUGAGACAACACAGUUCCUGGCGCCAUUUGAGGCCUCAGUGCGGCUCACAGAGAAGGAGGGAACCACGGGUGUCCCCCAGCCUGAACACAGCUCACAGGAGGGCUUAGUCGGCUCAGACAUGAGUUUAACUUCUGAUGUGCGUGCCUGGAACCCCUUCAACGACAUGACUCCCUUCAGCCAGAUGUCAGAGGAUAACAUUUUUGGGGCAGAGUUUGACAAGAUUCGCCGAGGAUCACAAAGCAGCAUUUCCAAUGUUAAAAGCAGGGAAAGUUUAGUGAUGUCAACCGAGGACGAUCCAUUUGGUGCUGCUCCUUUCAUUGCCCCCGGAUCCCGGCGAACGAAAACCUCAAAAGGUGAUAGUGACCCAAGAAUGAACAGCAGCGAGGACACGGCAGGCCUGACCCCCGACCCUGAUGCUACUGGAGCCCCCAGCAGGGUGGUGCCUGCUGGGGGGGAGCAGCGGCAACGGAAGUCCAGCACGUCGUCGCAGGACUCACACGACUCACAGGAGGCGCAGCCAGGACUCGGUGCGGUGGGGCCUUCCUCCUGCCUCUUCACCUGCCCCCCCCUGGAAGACAGGUCAAAGUAUGAAAAGCUGCAAAAUGCCCACGAUGAAGAGAGUGAGGAGGAGAGCAGGGACGAGGUGGUCAUCCCCCGCAAGGAUGGUAGACGCAUGUCCCCCCAGGCCUCCCCCCGCAGCCAGGACCUUGUGGGGCCCCGCCACCGCAGGCACCACCCCAUACGGGUGAGGCGGGGCAAGAGGCAGGCCGGGGGGCAGGAGGCGGACAGUGCCAAGGACAGCAAACCAGACAGGGUGUUCAUCUGCAGCGUGUCAGACGAUGACUCUAUCGGUUCUGCCAGCGACCUCAAGGCGCGUAUCAACGAUGAGUAUGACUUUGAGGUGGGCGACCGCGGCGAUGCCUCGGAGACCAUCAGCUCCUCCGUGUACCACGCCGAGUGUGAGAGUGUCACCACACAUGAGGAGGACAUGCGGGCGGGAGAGGGUGGCGACCCUUCACUCCUGGUGCGCCGUGGUCCCAAGCCAUCCAGAGCGGCCAUCAGGGCCCGGGCCAGGGCGCUGCAGGAGCAGGAGAACCGGAGGUGCACACAGGACAGGCUACUGGGCCACGAGUAUGGGGAAAAGCCCCUCCUGCAGGAUGAUGAGCUGGACUCCGGGGAGGAGGAGGGCAAGUUCUCAGACGGCGGGGAGGCCGGCAGUGCCGAGCAGCUGUCCAGCCACCCAACAGAGCAGCUGUCAAGCCGGACCAAUGUAUUCCCCAUGCCCAGGCCCUUCAGGAAGAUUUCUCUUGAUGAGUCGAGCCGCCCCAGGGAGCAGCAGCCGUCGGAAGAGGACGUGUUUGCCCUGGCACCUUUCAAGUCGUCCCUCAAGAAGCUGAACAAGAAGGUGUUCCAGAGCCGCAGCCAACCGUCUAGCAACACUGUGUCUCCCCUGGAGUCCUCCAACCAGCUCAUCAUCACGCCCCCAGCGGCCAACAGCUCUCCUGCCCCCGUCACCCUGGCCACCCUGGAGGCGGUGGAGCCAGCCCCGGAGCCUGUCAGGCUUCCCGUUCAGGCAGACAUCAUCUACGAGGAGUCCCCCAGCGAGGAGUAUCCCAUCUAUGAGAAUGUGCUGCUCAGCUCCAAUGGUGGAGGGCGGGCAGAGAACGGGGCCACCACGCCACGUUUCCACUACUACGAGAAUGUCCCGGUGCCCUUCACCUCCCUGGCGGGGACAGAGGCGUCCACAACCGUCAACUCCAGUCUCAUCAAGAAUCCCUUUGUUAAUCCGUUCCUUAGCGAGAGUCCUGCGUCACACACUGCCGCUCAGGACGCCCCUGUGCACCUGUCCAUCACCCCCAGGCCAACACAGGCCACCACGGAACAAAACUCGGCCGUCGUGGCCGGCAAGCCCUCCCAGCUGGCCAACCAGGGGGUGCUGUCGCAGAGUGUUGACUCACUGUCGCCCAGUUCGGGUGUGGGCCCCGUGACCUCGCCCUCCCUGCACAGCACGGACCUCUUUGGCUCCAUGCCCUUCGGUAAUGUCACCAUAGCACCGCCUCCCUCCUCUGAUGCCAAAGAAUUCCCCGCCUUGAGCCAGACCCAGACAGCCUUGAAUGGAGUGUCUCAGUUCAGCCCCAGCAGCCAGGCCCAGUACUUCCCACCCCCUCCUGAAGCACAACCACACCUCACAGUCCUCACCUCCACUCCUCGCGCCCACAAGACACAGCUCCCAACCCCUGCCCCUGCUAUUGCAAAGGAAUCUAGUCUGGCAGAACUGGAUGAUGAUGCAGACCUGUUUGGGGCAGUGCCGUUCAAGCCCAUCGUGCAGCGGGGUGGCCACGGUGGGGGGCUGAGGAGCCAGACUCUGCCAGCCAACAUGAGCUCAGUGUUCCAGGCCCAGAUGGCUCAGAUGGCUCGGGACGACGGCCACAUGGAUAAGCUCUUUGGUGACUUUAAGAUGUCCAAGUCCAAAAAGUCCACUCCGCCGAGCUUCCGAAAGCCAAGAACGACGCACCAGAAGCUCUCUGACUCUGACACAUCCACAGAUGACGAGGCGGUGAUGGCAAACCGCAAGCCAAAGCACCGCGACCGCAGCAAAGACAGACUCAAGUACAAGAAUAUCAGCGAGGAGUUUGAGGAGGAGAACACGAUGGUGCUUCCGAUGAAACAGUUCAGCCACUCCAAGAAGGAGAAGAUUACCAAAAAGAGCAAAAAGCAUGAGAAGCAGGAGAAAAAGGUAGAGAAACCAGAAAAGAAGCCUGAAAAGAAUGUAACCUUUGAGUCAACUGGCAUUUCCAACAUGAGUUUUGAGGACUUCACCCUUGAGGAGAACCGGAGAGAACUGGAGAGGAGUCGGCAGGAGGCGGAAAGGGGUGGUGACUCCCUGCAGAGCCCUGAGGAGGAUGACUCAGACCUACGCACCACGGGAGGCACCAGGUUUGGCUCCCUGAAGAGAGGCAUCAACCCGUUCUCCAAGCUUGGCCGCUAGAGUCCCACCCUGCUGUGUGCGUUGCUGUGGCCAGCAGGAGGCACUGAGGCUGGCCCUGCAGUGGUGUGCCUCGGAGAUCCUUUGUUAUUAUGGUUUAGGGAGCCUUGAGCUGCAGGAGUACACUGGAGACUGGCUGGGUGGGUUUGCUCGGAACUUACCGCUAACAUUGCAUAUUAUUCUGCAUAACUUUUCCUGGCGUAAUAUUUUUAGCAUAAUGUAUAACUUAUAAAUGAGUAAUGAUUAUUUAUUGUUGCAGUUUAAGAAAUGUGAUCAUCCACUGUUAAGUAGCUGGAUUGCUAUUUUAAUUUAUUUAACUGUGUUGACCUGCUGCUCCUUUGAACAAGGAAGAGGUGUUGUGUUAUUGUGUUGAGUUCCGGCACUGGAGAUGAGGAAGGAAAAGGAUGUAAUAGAUAUUGUUCAUCAACUGAAUAUACAAUAAGCUCUCACAUCCAGCACACAGUUCCAGCACCACACCCCGCCUGGUGGCUGUGACCAAGGUCUAUUCCCAGAGGCCCACUUGGAAUCCUCACUACCUGAUUCACCUGUCAGAAUAUUCUUUGGUCAUCAUCCAGCAGAGGAACCCUUGAUGUGAAACUGGUGAUACAGAGUGAAGGCUUACUGUAUUCUUUCCACACCCUGUUGGUGGCUUGGUGGGGGAAGCAAGCAGACUCUUUGCCGUCCUUCAGUCACGCAGAACAAACAGGGAUGGAAAGUUAACCAAAAUUUGACCCAUCUCACUAUUUGUAUCCUAUAUGUUUUCUCUGCAGGAGAUAGCAUAGGAGAGGUUUGGUUGAUCCUUUGUACACAUAGCUUGAUGUCUCUGUUGACCUUCUCAUUGGUGCUAAGUGGAGAUAAGUUUGUGGAUCAUUUUUGCUUCCUGUGUUAAUGUCACUUUACAUUUGUGAUGAUCAUCUGGACACCAGGAAGUAAAUUUUUUGAAGUCAUUAAUUGUAAGGAUGAAGUCAUCAAUACAAUGAGCAGAAUUGAGGCAUAUUACGUAUUUUAAGUACGACUAUUUUGACAAAUGAGUUCAUACAAGAUGUCUGUGUCAGCGUAAGACGUUAAUGGUAGCAGAUGGAAAACAUAGGCUAUUUUAAGGUUUAGAAAUUUUAUUAUUGUUAUUGUUGUUGACACUCUUUCUUCGCCAAAAAUAGGUAUGUUAUGGCAACCUGAGACUGUUUGGGGAAGGCUGUCAGUUCCAUUAGGGUGUGCCCAUGUGCUUUAAUUAAUGUACUGAAAGAUGAGGCGCUGUUCCCAGACACUGAAGGUUGAGGUUUUGUCAGGGGUGGUGCGUUGCUUGAAUCUUGUCAGCUGGCACUGGGACCACGUCAGGCACCUUCCUGUUAGGUGUUUGCCCUCAGACACACCAGUAGGAAGAGACCUUACCACUGUAGCCAAUUAAAUUUUCUCCUUAAGUAAUGGAGGGGACAGUGUGCUAGUAGUGUCUUUACUGUAAGGGUAGAGAGCACCAAGCAUUGAUAGAGAGUGAGGGUUUGGGGAUCUAAGGAUGUUUUCAUAUUUGAGCAUCUUGCCCAUAAGUAUUUUCAUGCCAAAUAUAGCUGCACUGAGUUGCAGGGUGAUGCGUAUGGGAAGAUAUUUUGGUACGUGUGAGUGUGUGCAUGAGUAGGUUAGUGUGUGCACCAACACAAGCACAGACACAGCACCAGUUCCUUGAUGUGCAGCAUGGGUGUUGUGGGUAGGGGAGGAUGGAAGCAUGUGACACAGUGGACUGCAGCUUUGUGGCAUUACUUCACAUUAAGUUGACUGGCACAUUCCAUUUUAUUAUUAUUCAGAAAGACAAACACAUUCCCAAGGCAGCAGCAAUUGCAGGGAGGAGGAGCUUUGCACUGGUGGGGGUAGGGAGGGUGCUGCAUCGUUGUGUCAUUUUCGCUCACACACCUGCAGGUCCUGAGUUCUCACAGUGGCACCGAACGCAUCCUAUUGCACCCCAGUAUAUUGUGUGCUUGGUGUCCUUUAUCUGUCAGUUUGCUUUAGUUCAUAUGAAAAUGAUGCUGUUAGUUUGUUGAUGUGUUCCACUUGGAAUCUCAUUAGUUACUAUUUUCAUUUAAAAUAUCCUGGAGACUUGUUUUGAUUACUUGAAAUAACAUGUACUUCAAAAGUAUUCAACUGUAGACCACAGCAUUUGUUUAGUGGUCCUUCCAGUGCUUGAAACACAAAUUAUGUUUUUUCAAUGGCGACCUGCUACACUGUCACCAUGACCUCUCGGCUCAGAGCAGGAUACAGUGGCACCUUUAGCUUGGGGAACAGCCACAGAGAAUAGGAAUGUCACAUGUGGCCAGGAAGUGAGGGUGAGGUGGCAGGAGUGCACUGGACAGGGUCACGAUGCAGCUGCCAGGUGUGACUCAGCCAUGACCUUUGUCCCGAAAUGCUUGAUGAUGAUGGAGAUUUUAGAUUUUGGUUUGUUUGCAGUUUAUUGUUUGGUUCCCGUCAACUAGAUAAUCUUUAAAGUCAAUAAUUUCUGUAAUGAUGCACGUGUGAAGUGAGGUGAAGUGGGUGUGAGUCAGACAGCCACACACACACACACACACACACACACACACACACACACACACACACACACACACACACACACACACACACACACACACACACACACACACAUACACACACAAUGCACCCGCACCACCCACUCCUCUCUGCUCCAGUCAGCAUGCAAGGAAAACAUAAGACUGCCUACUUUUUGAAGAGACAUAGUUUAGUGUAGAAAAGUGAUCGCUGUGCCCUUGCCACUGUAUCUUUGGCAUUUGUUAGGUUGAUAUCCCACCUAAUUUGUGUUUUGCAGCGAGCAUUUAUUAGUUUUAUGUUAAUUUUAGGCAGAACACUUACUUCCAAACUAUGCAUUCGAAUGAUGUAUAAUUAGUACUUGCGAGGAAAUUUUAUGAUUGGGUCUGAGAGCAUUGGCUUCAGAGUACUGGUGACAAAUGACUACAAGUGGUUCUGUAUGUUGCUGUGGUGAAAGUGAGUCUUCAGGGGAGCAGGAGGAGGAGGAGAAAGAUGUCCAUGGAAGUCAUUUAUGCUUGAAUUUAUUAUUAUUAUUAUUAUUAUUAUUAUUAUUAUUAUUAUUAUUAUUAUUAUUAUUAUUAUUAUUAUCAUUUAUUUUCAUUAUUAUUAUUAUUACUAUUAUUAUUAUCAUUAUUAUUAUUAUUAUUAUUAUUAUUAUUAUCAUUAUUAUUAUUAUUAUUAUUAUUAUUAUUAUUAUUAUUAUUAUUAUUAUUAUUAUUAAUAUUAUUAUUAUCAUUAUCAUUUUUGUUAUCACUGUUAUUACUAUUAUUUUCCUUUCAUGACUUUCAAAUAACAAUGAUAAAUUCCUAUUUAUUUAUUCAUCAUUCAUUUUUCUUCAAUUAUUUAUCAAUGUGUGUGUAUAUGUGAGCAUGUGUGUGUGUGUGUGUGUGUGUGUGUGUGUGUGUGUGUGUGUGUGUGUGUGUGUCUAGUUAGCCAGGGAGGCAUGCUGUGUUACAAGCCAGAUCUGUGAGGUGUGUGUGUGUGUGUGUGUGUGUGUGUGUGUGUGUGUGUGUGGCGGAGGCAGACGGGGGCCGACGCUGCAGAAGUGAGGCCAAAGUUUUGCAGGUGGUGAGUGUAAUCCUGUAUUGCCUUACUAGUAUUACUCCUCCAUCGACUUCCAAGCCUGAUAUCUCAUAAUCUUAAUGUGGGGAGAGGAACCAUGUAGAAUCUUUGUCCUGUUUCACUUCAUUGUCUUUCGUUGCAGACCAAGAGUUAUUCAGAGUAAGCCAUAAUGUGUGAAUAGGAAGCACAUAUACUACAGUCCGAAUAGUGCUUAUCUAGCCACAAAUUUGAGACUUGAAUGCUUAGGUGGUUUAUUAAGCUCAUUGACCUCCACAUAUCAAAAUUAAAAGGUCAUAGUGGUGGAGUGUGAGGCUCCCUUUGUUUUAAUGUUAAUGCAUGGGGAAAAAGUACUUGAAAAACAAUUGAUAGCACCAGAUUCGUGAUAAUCAUGUAUGUAGUCCCUCCCUCGAUUUCCCUCAGGAGAAAUUAAUGAAGUUAGUUUGCCACUGGGUACUAGCUGAUACCUGAAUCUGUAAUGUUCUGUGUGGGGUUAGAUGUGAUGUCCAGUUAUUAUUUUUAAGACAGCGAAAAUUUUGUAUGUGUACCGAUAGAUUGUGUUCGGGUAGAUGGAAAUGAUGAAAGGUGAUUAUGAGGAUUAUGUGACGUUGCCUGAAAGUGAAAGGAGAAAGAAUGAGUUUGGUUAUAUGUGUACGUAGAAAAUGUAAUACUUGGCGACGUCCGGAAUUUUAUUACCACAUUGUUGGGGUUUAAACCACUGCACUCUCUGUGUUAAGAAUCAAAACUGUUGAGAGCCUGUGUACAUAAGAGUAUAGCACAUGUUAGUGUUGCUCCCGUCUCACUCUUAGCAUGUCAGGUGUUCCUCUGUCCCAGACCGCCUCGUGUCUGCUCCUAAGACUGUGAUUGUACCGCGGAAGGAGCCUCGUUGAAAUGUUCCACUCACAUUUACCAAGUUGAACGACGUGUCACUUCUGCAUAUAUUUUCUCCUGUGUGGAUUUGGUCGCCAUGAUCACGCUGUAUCCAUUUCUGACUUCAUGUGUUUGCUUCUGGGACUUUAUGGAUAUAUUGAUUGCAUUUUGAUUUGCUUGUGUAACUGCAUCAUGUCAUUUGCUUGUCUUCACCAUAGGUACAGCAUUUGAUGUGAGUCUUGGGCAGUGUUAGAUGCUUGGAGUUCAUAGGGACAGUGAGGAGUGGCACUGGAUGGCCCUGGGUGCCUCUAGUGCCUCUUGUCGCCUCACACAGCCAUGCCAACACCAUGCUGUGUUGGCUGGUCACUUGCCUCUGAUGCUGUGUGGGAGAGCCAGUGCUGAGAUAAAGGUGAGCUAGACUUUAUUUUAUCCUCGGUUGGUUUAUUAAGAGUAGUGAUAAUUAAGGUUAAAAUUUUCUAAAGUACUGUAUAGUCAUGAGCAAAAGACAGUCAAGAUACUUUCUUCUCUUGCCUCCACUGUGCUUUGUGUUUUCUCAGUCGUGAGUCCUUUAAUCCGCCGACAAUCUCCUUGCAAAUCCUGACAGAGAAGAGGACUUGAGAUUGAGGGAAGAUGCUGAACAUGGUGAAAAUAUUGCAUUGUGUCUAUUGACUGUUUGCCAUGACUGCAGCAUGAUGGCUGGCUUUGAAUCCCAUAGUACCUAAUGACUAAAUUUAAGCUAGUGAGUGCAAACUGAAAAUACAUACAUUUAAAAAUAGGUAUAGAAAGAUGACAUGACUGCAUAAUAUUUUGUUGAUGUUAUGGCAUUUUUCUCACCAUACUGUUUGACUCAGAAAUCUGCUCAAUGAGGGACUGUUGGGGAAGAAAACCAUAAAACUGAUAUUGACCAAGCAAAGCCAAACCAUUAUGACAAGGUACUGCUUAAAUUAUUUCUCUUUGCUUACUGGGAAAGAAAUACAUAUGAACUAAAAUUAACUAGAAGAAAAAUUACUUGAACCAGGGGAAAGUAGUGAUAUUUAAAGAGUACAUGGAGGUUGCUAGUUAAAAAUAUAUGUGUGUGUGUAUGUGUGUUUGUAUGUGAUAUAUUGCAGUGUUGCUUGGGUAGACUAACUGCAAAACACCUACAUAAUAAUAUUUGAUUAGGUAAUGUAAUGUUCAUUUUUUUCUUGUGUCUGUAACUUAUUUUUUCUCUCUUUUGUCCUUGAGGUUUUGUGUGAGGGUAUAUGUAACUUAUUUGCAGAGUGUGUGAUGGUUUAUGUCUGUGUGAGAGACUUUGUACCUCCACUGUUUGUUCAGGAGGCAAGGGACAGAGACAGCAGUGAGUGUUUGGGGUUUGUGUUACUUUGCAUUGGGCUGUGCAUUUAAGAGAGAGAGAGAGAGAGAAAGAGAGAGAAUUUUCUUCAUUUGUCUUGAAAGAAUAACUGAUGUAUAAAAAAUGUUGAUUAUUUAUGGAGAAUUUAUGAAGACUGAUAAGAAAAAUAGCAUGUGUGUGUGUGUGUGUGUGUGUAAGAGAGAGAGAGAGAGAGAGGGGGGUGGCAGCUCUUCCUAGGCAGUGAUGAUGGUUGUCCUGCCAGGUUAACGUUCUGUGCAGCUGCCUGUGACCCGCCCCCGCAUCCGCCCCCUCAGCCCCCCGCGGUUCUCCUGGGGGGGGGGAUGGGGGAGGGGGAGGAGGGCAGGCCGCGGCGCUACCAGUGAAUAAAUCAAUAGCGUCCCUGUGAAUAAAGUCACGGGGUGACUAGAACCAUUAUUAUGUCUAUCUAGAGACAUAAGUAGCUUCAUACACUGUAGUCACUAUUAAGCAAUGGCGGUUGUAUAGCAGAGGAUAAAAACAAAAACAAAUAAAAAUAAGUAAAACAUUAUUUUUGGUAUCGUGGAUGGUUGAUGAUGAUGAUGAUGAUGAUGAUAUGACAAUGUGUAGAAUAAAAUAGACUAUUAUCAUGAAAUUUAUUUAUAUGUAGUAUUUAUAUUGGGUGGCGUGGAGCCUUGGAAACUGUAAACAGGUGACUAAUGUAUUUCCGUGUAUGACUCCUGAUUGCUGACGGUCAUGUGUUGCUUAAGCUUCCGGGUCAGGUCAGGUCGGGUCAUGCCCCCUCCUCUCCCCGGCCUGUGUCAAGGUCACUUCUGAGGUCAUUUUUAAGGAAACUCAGACUCCUGCUCAAACUUUUGAGUCUCCUAAUGCUUCUAUACACUCCUGUUGGCUAUUGUGUUAAUAUUGUUGAAGAAUUUGCCUUAUAGUCUAUUGGAAAAGAAAGGUAAAACAGUUCAUGGUAUUUAUCUUGUAUUUAUGUAUAUAUCAUGAUGUGAAAUAAAACUUGGUAUGAGCAA